UAAUUUCUCACAAGUGGCAAAAAAACAAAACAUGACGUCACGACACUGCUCCUCAGCCGCAGAGGCUGCUGGGAACUCCUCGCAGUGUCGGAGACAUUUUGGAUUUAAAGGGGCUGAGCUGGCCGUCAGACCUAGCUCUCGGUUUCCCUGAGCUAUAUAGAAGAUGUCCACCAUGGUGUAUCCACGGGAAGAGAAGCUGGAGAAGCUUUCUCAGGAGGAGAUCAUCUCCAACACGAAGCUGGUGAUCCAGGGUCUGGAGGCCCUGAAGAACGAGCACAACUCCAUCCUCCAUAGCCUCCUGGAGACCAUCAAGUGCCUAAAGAAGGAUGAAGAGGCCAACCUGGUGCACGAGAAGUCCAACCUGCUCCGCAAGUCGGUGGAGAUGAUUGAACUGGGCCUGGGAGAAGCACAGGUGAUGAUGGCCCUGUCCAACCACCUGAACGCGGUGGAGUCAGAGAAGCAGAAACUGCGUGCGCAGGUGAGGAGGCUCUGCCAGGAGAACCAGUGGCUGCGCGACGAGCUGGCCAACACCCAGCAGAAGCUGCAGAAGAGCGAGCAGAGCGUGGCCCAGCUGGAGGAGGAGAAGAAACACCUGGAGUUCAUGAACCAGCUCAAAAAAUAUGAUGAAGAUGUAUCACCCACUCAGGAGGAGAAGGACAGAGAAACACCGAAGGACUCCCUGGAUGACCUCUUCCCCAAUGAUGAAGAGGAGCAUGGCCAAGGAAUGCAGCACCAGCACAACAGUGCGGCCGUGGCGGCGGCUCAGCAGGGGGGCUACGAGAUCCCAGCCCGUCUGAGAACCCUGCACAACCUGGUGAUCCAGUACGCCUCCCAGGGAAGGUACGAGGUGGCCGUCCCCCUUUGCAAGCAGGCUUUGGAGGAUCUGGAGAAGACGUCUGGACACGACCACCCUGAUGUGGCCACUAUGCUCAACAUCCUGGCUUUGGUCUACAGGGAUCAGAACAAAUACAAAGAGGCAGCCCAUCUGCUCAACGAUGCUCUGGCUAUCCGGGAGAAAACCCUGGGAAAAGACCAUCCUGCUGUUGCUGCUACGCUGAACAACCUGGCUGUGCUCUAUGGAAAGAGGGGGAAGUACAAGGAGGCCGAGCCUCUGUGUAAGAGGGCUCUGGAGAUCAGAGAAAAGGUCCUUGGGAAGGACCAUCCAGAUGUGGCCAAACAGCUCAAUAACCUGGCUCUGCUGUGUCAGAACCAGGGCAAGUAUGAGGAGGUGGAGUACUACUACUGCCGCGCCCUGGAGAUCUACGAGUGCAGGCUGGGCCCAGAUGACGCCAAUGUGGCCAAAACCAAGAACAACCUGGCGUCCUGCUUUCUCAAACAGGGGAAAUACAAGGAGGCUGAGAUUCUGUACAAAGAGAUCCUGACUCGUGCUCACGAGAAAGAGUUUGGAUCUGUUGAUGCUGAGAACAAGCCCAUCUGGAUGCACGCAGAGGAGAGAGAGGAGAUGAGUAAGGGCAAGCACAGAGACAACACUCCAUACGGGGAGUACGGAGGCUGGUACAAGGCCUGCAAAGUCAACAGCCCCACAGUGAACACCACCCUGAGGAACCUGGGGGCCCUGUACCGCCGACAGGGCAAGCUCGAGGCUGCUGAGACUCUGGAGGAGUGCGCCGUGAGGUCUCGCAAGCAGAGCAACACAGGCAUCGACCCCAUCCACCAGACACGUGUGGUGGAGAUCCUGAAGGAUACGGAGGGCGACAGGCGGAGGAGCAGGGACAGCCUGACCAGCGUUAAGUAUGAGAGCGGCUCUGAGACCGGCGAGGAAGUGAGUAUGGGCGUGGAGUGGAACGGGGCCUAAGCCAUCAAGAUUAUUCCUCCAUCCUUCUCUCCUUCCCCAACACAAUAGCAAAAGGAUGUGUGUUGUCGUUACCUCUGGCCUUCUCUGUUCCAAAUACACCAACAGCUCCUCUGCACAUCCCGGUGGUCCCCCCCCCCCACCACCACCACCUCCGGCAGAGACUCACAAAGCCCCUCUCCUGGUUGUCACCUCUGUCCUGGGACGUUUGGUCUUUUCAUCUCUCCUCUCUUUCUUUCACUCUCUCUAACCUUUCCUGUCACGCUCCACGUCAGUCACUUCAACUCUGUCUCUCUCAUUACAUUAAGAAAAUAAGUCAGUGUAUGUAAUCUCUCCCUUCUGAGGAAGUCACUCGCACAUUUUCCUUCUCACUAACACCCACUUGUUGAUAUUAGAUUUAUUUGGCUGAAAAGUAGAGCAAGAAAGUUGGAUAUAUAUAUAUGUAUAUAAUCAUCUGGGGGACAUGCUGAAGGAUGUUGAUGGUCAGUGUCACCUUUGCAGCUUAGGCUCCAUCACUCCAACUCACAGUCAGAUAAAAAAAAAGUUACUGAUACUAUAGACUGAAUAUUAUACAAAAAUACUACUCAAUAAUUUGCUCUGCAUUGGUCUCACCCUGAAUUUAUGUGUUGCCUUGAGCAAACUUGGCCUGUUUCUAAAGGUGACCUCCCUACUGCCUGUAUUUAGCCAUAGUAGUAUCUGUUUGUGUUUUUUAAAAGAAAUAAUGUUUUUUCUGUUUAAACUUAUGCCAGAGGUCAAAUGCCUAAACAGUUUUGAAAUGGUACUGUAAAGAAGUUACACAUCAAGAUAUUUACAAUAAUUUAUUUCUAACAUCUUAAGCUUAGGUUGCAGGAAAUGAGAAGGGAGCAUUACCAUUUGUUUUGUUUUUUUAUAGACAUUUUUCCUAUUCAUUUUGAUUUUCUAUGAUUUUUGUUUACUUUUAAAAAAAAAAUGAAUGCCUCUUGAUUGUUUUUGUAGCUGAAUAUAAAAGGCAGUAUAGUUUCUCAACGUAGUGUUUACCUGCUAUGAGCGCCCAGAAACUCUCAGCGCCACGCCGAGGCCAAAGCUGACGGCAAAUUGGUCCGACCGCAGGGAAGCUGUUGUUGCCAUAGUGAUUUAUUUUCAAGUUGCUCUCACUAGCUUCAGUGUCCUUGGUUUGACGGAGUAUUUAUUUACGCAGACUGUGACUCGGCACAAUAUGCACACAGCAGCUCACAUUUACAAAGGAAGACGAGCAACGUUGGCCGACGCUGUAAAGCCAGAGCACAAAGCACAGACACCGGCCACCAGAAAGAUUACAAUAAUAACAGAAAAACAAGGAACACAAGUGCCCAGAAUUGCCUUUAUUUGUUGGUGUCUGAGUAAUAUUAUAAUUCAAUGGAAGCCUGGAUUCCUCUCUAGUGUUAGUGUGUAUUCGUGUAUGUUUUGGUGGUACAGUCACAGACAGCGGACCCUGUCUUGUCAACACUAAGCUUAUCGGGGUGUUUUGCCUUUUUCUUACACCGUCGUUGUUGUUGUUUGCAACAUCGUCACUUUGGUGAAUCGUGUUUUCGGACACCAAAAGUAAAGUGCGAGUCUUUUUCCUCCAGAUCAACGCGUUAUUUCAGCUGUUUAACUAACUGAAUGUACAAAAAACUUUAAUCUUGGAAGUAUCAUCGUAGACUGUGUUUAUAGAUUUGACAAGUGCAUUCACUAUAUGGCUCUUCGGUAUGCUACUCGCCUCGAUUCUUCAUUCCUUCCCGACGAGUACGCCUAUACUUCUAAUGCAACUCUGAACAAAAGAAUUGACUGUGUUCAUCACAUAAUUAUGACAAUAUUGUUGUGUUAGUGGAAUGCUUAUUUAUUGAACUGUCUAUUCUUGACAUAUAUGGUGUGACUUCAGUAUCCUCAAGUGGAAGAACAUAAAUGGUAAGGUCUAUACAGCACUAUCUUAGUAAGUAGGACUGCAUUAUAUAUUUACCAUUCUGCAUUGUGAAGGUUAUUGCAUCAACACUUGUUGGUAUUCUCAAAUAAAGUUUUUCAUUUGUGAA